UGGCAAUCUGAAACAAGGUAGUGCCAAAUGGCGGAGAGUAUUGAAUGAAAGUCCAUUUCGACAACAAAUGAAACUGAUUACAAUCCCAGCUUCCUGGAGUUUAAUUUCAAACUCCUCGAAAAUCUGGUAUUUUAACAAUGGUUUUAGCAGCUAGGGAAAUUGGGUUUUAAUAUUGAUUACACAUUGCAAAUCCAAUGAUUGUCAUCAGAAAGGUUACCUUGAUACUCGGGACCAUAUGUUUCUCGUUGCGAUUAGAUGAAAAAAAAAAAUGGAAAUGUUUUCAUCAGCGCUGCUUGCAACGAACAAGCGAUCGACAACAUUGAUAAACCCAGUACUGCUGCGACACUUUGAUGAGUCGAAUGGAUAGUGAGACGCAUUCUUUACUGUAGACAGAACUCAGUCGUAUUAAUACUCGCCUUUGCUGAGUACGGUGCACAGGUUUUCCAGCUUCGUCCUGUAAUUACGACAAUGAAAUUGAUAAAAAUGACAGUGAUAAUAACAAUAUCGGAUAUUUUAAGCUUGCGUCAUAUAUGGAUCAAAUGACUGAUGUUUUAAGUUGCUCUAGCUCGUGGAAGUACACUGAGCUAUUUCCUUUGGCAUGGAAAACUCAGAUGCGAUUACCAAUAAAAGCUUAGGUUUGAAUAUUUCGAAUACUACAAGUAUGUUUUUAUCAGCGCCAUCCAGUGCUACUGUGAUUUCCAUGUUUGUGUGUGGAGUUUUAGGUAACUUACUGGCUAUUUUUGUAUUAGUGAGGACAUCGAAAAGACAUAAGUGGAAAAAUUUCUAUCGUCUUGUGGGAGCCCUUUCUAUAACGGAUUUGUUCGGAAUUUUAGCAUCGACUCCUCUUGUCCUUGUGAACUAUUUAAACAACUUUGAAUGGGUCGGAGGACAAGCAACCUGUGACUACUUUGCUUUUAUCUUAAUAUUUGCUGGUUUAACAACUAUUUUCUUCAUUUCUUUUAUGUCAUUAGAACGUUUCCUUGCCGUCUGCUGUCCAUAUUUCUACAAACGGAACAUCAGCGAGCAAAGAGUCAACAUUAUCACAGCGCUUCUGUAUCUGUUGUCCAUAACGAUAGCCGUUUUGCCGAUUUUAGGUUUUGGAGAAAACGUUAAUCAUUUUCCUGGUUCUUGGUGUUUCUUCAAUUUUUAUGGACAAUCUACGUUACAGUACAUAUAUUCGUAUCUGUAUGCCUCAACGGGUAUCGCACUCAUAUUCAUGACGGCUGCAUUCAAUAUCAUUUUAAUUGUGACACUUGCCAAAGAAAUUCGACGAAAAGAUUUACAAGAGAGAAAGUGCAGUGUCAACAGUGCCAGCUCUAGGCGAAGGAGACGAAAUGACAUUUAUCUCAUGGUUUUCCUAUCGGCCAUCUUAAUCGUUUUUGGAAUUUGCUAUUCUCCUUUAAUGAUAAGAGUUGUAUUAAAUCAAUCAAAAUGGACGCAGUUAUGCGAGUCAUGUGAUUUACUUGCCAUCAGACUUGCAUCAUUCAACCAAAUUUUGGACCCAUGGGUCUACAUCUUGUUAAGAAGGGAAAAUAUCAUCUGUUUUGUCAAGCGCACGAAACGAUUCAAAUCAACGUUUUUACAGCGCUUGUCAGGUAUCCAUAGCUACGGAAGUGAAAGAAUAGCAAUUAUCAGACACAGCCUGCGACACCGGAAAUCACCGAGCAAAGAUGUCGAUGACAAUUUGGCUGAGGUUAAUGCUAACAUCAUGCCAGAUGAUAUAAAUGAUGCUCAACAAAUAUAAUUUAAUCACUUAAGAGCAAUGCUGUGUAUAACAUUUUCUUAUAAUAAAAAGAAAAUCAAUUCUUUUGUUAUGUUCUUCAUGCAAACGAGGUUUUUUGUGUGCCUGUGCAUUUGGUAUUG